ACCAAGCAGUUUGUGUAACACUCUCAAAUAUAUUAAGGGUGAAUUGAGCAGUAAUUGCCUGCAGAAAUUUGGCUGUAUCCUGAAACACUUUUCAGCCAAUAUUGCAAUAUUCUGUUUUUAUAUAUAUGAAGAAAGCAGUCUCCUUUGAAAUUAUUGUAGGCCUAAGGUUUUCUAAUGUAAGAAGAGCUUUGCUUCAUCUACAUGUUAAAGCAAAGCAAAGCCAAUCACUGAAGAAGUAUCUUUGAUUUUCCUGAGGGGAUCCUUUGAAAACCAAAGUAAAUACCAAGAGAUUUAAUUCUUCCAUGCAGACGAAAAUGAUGCUUUUAUCUUGACUGGCCAUGAAACAGUGGUAGAUCUACUACUGAAAUCACAUGGGUGAGGGCACAGCCUAAAGCAAAAUUCGUAGUCAGUCCUAACUUGCAGCCCAAGGCCAAGCUUUUUCUUACACUCUCUUUCCUAUGAGCAAGCCACAAAGUCAGAAAAUUCAGCAAAAUGUUUGUCACCUCCAUAAAAUCAGGAAGCCUUUCCAUUAUUUUGCAAUAUGGUUAGGCUUCUUGAAGGGAUGGUCAAACGAAGUUUUAGUACAGGAAGUGUAGACAGGCCAAGAGUUAGACAUUCAGAUGCAAAUAGUGAAAUACUACUAACAAGACAACACCAAGUAUUGCAAUAACAAGACAACAAGUAUUGCAAUAACAAGACAACAGCAAGUAUUGCUAUAGGGGAUUCCAAGAUCUUCAGCCCUUAAACAGCUCUCCCCGCAGCUCUUCCCAAAAUUCCUGUGGAAAAUCAAUGGUAGCUGUAAAUAGUCUAUUAAAAAACCCAAAACUUGUCAAUUCACAGACCCUCUGGGAACCACAAACAGAUGGUCAGUGAUUCCUGCAAAAAAACGCAUGUUUUAAUUUGAGUGCAUAAGUCCUUGGAAAACACUUGCCUAAGCAUCUAUUAAUUUGUUAACUUAUGAUAGCCUCAGGAGAAGGCACUGCAGUUAAGAAUUCACUGGUGUCUCUUCAGGACAGGAGGCUGCAAAAGUCUCUGCAAUGAAGCAUUUAAAAAUUAACCUGGUAACAAAGUUCAUGGUGAAGCUGUGCAAUUUGUUUUCUCAAACUAGAUUUGGUCCAACAUUUUUCUUAACUACUUAAACACAGCAGUUUGUGAUUUCAGGGUAAGGAAGGAGAUUUAUUGCACCAGACUAUUGAUGGUCUGCAACUAAGUAAUUAAUGAGAAAUAAUUUUGUGUUAUGAGCCUGGUGGCAGUGAUACGAGACCUUACAGACCAUGAGGGACAGAACUUGCUCAGACUUGAUCGUGUGAAUAUAUCAUGGGAGAAGGAGAGCUACCUGGGCUUUUGGUAAAUGAAAUCAGUGGCAAACAUGGGAUAUUGCAUGGCCAUGUGGCAUUCCUGAAGAAACAUUUCUACCUCAUCACCAUGAAGGAAUUUCUUGAAGACAGAAAGCGUAUGAGUAAAAAGGUCCAAGCGAUCUAUUUGUGGUGGCACAAACCAGUCAUUGACCAAGAGCUCCUCCAGAGCCUGCCAAACUUGAAAGUGAUUGCGAAUUCAGGAGUAGGGAUGGAUCACCUGGAUCUGAAGCUUGUCGCUAGCUUCGGUGUGAAGAUGGCUAAUGCUCCACGUGCUGUUUCCAGCAGCACAGCAGAUACUGGGAUGGCUUUGCUGCUGGCAUCUGCUAGAAGACUAGUGGAAGGCUAUCACAUUGCAAUGUCUUCAGGUAUGGAGUACAGUGAAGCCGAUUUUCUGGGAGUUGAAGUUACUGGAGCUACUCUAGGGAUUAUUGGCAUGGGCAGCAUCGGGUAUAAGAUUGCUCUGAGAGCCAAAGCGUUUGAAAUGAACAUUUUGUACCACAACAGGACACGGAGGAAAGAGCAAGAGGAGCAAGCUGUCGGCACCACUUACUGCGAAAAGAUAGACGGCUUGCUCCAGCGGGCAGAUUUUGUGAUGGUGGUGGUGAGCCUGACACCUCAGACGCACAAGCUGAUCGGGAAAAGAGAGAUGGAGCUGAUGAAGCCCACGGCUACUCUCAUUAACAUCAGCCGAGGUGCAGUAGUUGACCAAGAGGCGCUGGUGACAGCUCUGCAGACCGGUGUUAUCAGGGCCGCAGCUUUGGAUGUCACCCACCCCGAGCCACUGCCCAGAGAUCAUACGUUGUUAAAAUUAAAGAACGUCAUUAUAACGCCUCACCUUGGCAUCAAAACAGACAAGGCCACCUACAUGAUAACAGAGGAAGCAGUUGAAAACAUACUAGCAGCUCUUAACGGUCUCCCCAUACCCAGUGAAGUGCUCCCUAGCUGAUGGGCAAAAGGAUAUCACGGCUCUCUUUUUAUUCUUCUGUUUCCUCCUAUCAGCUCUUAAGGUUUUUAUUCUUAGAUUUUCUCCAUUAAGAGAAACCUGUUCCAAGUGGACACGGAAAGCGCUGGCUUGGUCUCACAUGUCAUUAAAAACCAGCUUUUACAUUUUAAUUUUCUUGCAAAUUGGAGGAAUACAUUACUUUUCACUUCCAACCAUAGAUAGAUGCAUGCAGGUUUUAAGUGGCUCCGGGAAAAACAACUUCUGAUUGCCAAUGCACUUCUUGCUAGGCUCCCUAGUCCUAAAGAAAAUGUCAUUUUUAGAUUACAUAAUUCACUUUGUUCCCAUUCUACUUACUAUCAAAAACAACAAAGUAAGCUACCUGGCUAGAAAAAUGACCGACUUUCCAUAUGGACGCCUGCAUUUAAACUAGCUCCUGAGACACAAAAUGCUGAGGCAAAAGUCAGUUUUCAGAAAUGUACUCAGAAUCACUUAUUUAAAGCAGACUGGAUUUUUAGAAGACAAUUUAAACUACUAGCACUAAGGAAAAUUAGUCUUCAAGAUGAACAUGCUACUAUGUUUGUAAUACCAAACUUAUGUGCAGUCUACCUCCAGAUUUUCAUCUUUGUGCAAAUAUUUGGAAGAACUCUUGGAGCCCUCUAAGCCUUCAGCACCAUCCUGUAAAUUAGUGGGAACACAAAAGGCUGUAAAAACACACACAGCAUUAAAAUCCAAAUCUAUACACUUUCCUUUGUAUCACUGCUUCUGGACAUUCGCAAGAAUAAUUAUAUUUGUAACAAGAUAAAACAGGGAGCUUCACUACUGUGAAGAGAAAGAAAAUACUUUGACAAAUUGGUUUUGUUACUGCAAUUACUAUUAUGGAAAAAAAUCAAAAUCCCAUGGCUUUCCUCCACUAGAAAUAGCACCUAUAUUACAAUUAAUACCAAUUCCACAGGAAAAGGAUCUCUUUAAAUAGAAGAAUGCUUAUUCACCUCACUAAGGAAUGCUCGUUCACCUCACUAAAGCUUUGUGGGAAACAGUUUGCUAUCCUCUCAGUUGUCUUUAUGUACUCCCUGUUGUCUUAAUACAAGUCCAAAAGACAAAUAAACCAAUGGGCAA